AUAAAUGGGCUUUCCCGCUCACACGAUGCAGUAAGAUCUUGAGAGGAAGGAGCUAACCGAGUAACAUCUGUAAUUCCAUCAACUUUACCAUCUUAACAUCGUGCUUGCAGGAAGCUGGCAGCCUGAUCCAUCAUGUCGGCAGCCACAGAGAGCCCUGCAGCUGAAAGCCAGCCAAAAUCAGAAGAAGACCUUCACGAAGAAGCUCCAAACAAACCUGCUGGCAAAGUAAUAGCUACCAAAGUAUCGGGCACCGUCAAGUGGUUCAAUGUCCGCAAUGGGUAUGGGUUCAUUAACAGAAAUGAUACCAAAGAGGAUGUGUUUGUACAUCAGACAGCCAUUACACGUAACAAUCCAAAGAAGUAUUUACGUAGUGUUGGUGACGAUGAAACUGUUGAGUUCGAUGUCAUUGAAGGACAAAAAGGCCUAGAAGCAGCAAAUGUUACAGGACCUGAUGGUGAGCCAGUACAAGGUAGCAAAUAUGCACCAGAUAGACGUUCACGUUAUCGCCGUGGUUAUCGUGGUCGUGGUUAUAGGGGUGGGUACCGUGGACGCCGCAACUUUAGACCAAGAUCAUCAGAGACGGCAGAGGAACGCAGUGAUAAGGAAAACGAUCAAGAUCAGGAUCCAGACAAAUCUGAAGCUGAUGAGAAACCAAGACACUCUGGUGGAUAUCGUGGACGUGGCAGAGGGCGAGGGCGAGGCCGUGGAAGAGGAAGAGGAGGCAGAGGAUAUAAUUACAGACGGCGACGUAGUGAAGGUUCAGGAAAUGAGAACGAAUAUACUUCAGAGGGCGAUGGUCGUCAAGACGACAAGGAGGGCAGGGAUGGCAGUGCUGAUGGUGAGAGAAGAAGUCCCAGACGUGGUGGUGGAAGUGGUCGCCGACCAAGACGCUACCGCAGAAGGCCAAGACGUCCUCCGCCACAAAGCUCUGGAGAUGAAGGCGAUCGUGAACAUCAAGGGGAUGAUGAGAAACACGAGGGAGAUGAAAACAGAGAGCAGCGCCGCAGGCCAAGAAGGCCUCGCUAUCGAGGCCCUCGUCGUGGAAAUGAAAAUAACGAGGGAGAAAGGCAAAGCGAAGGAGCAAAGGAGGAUGUAAAAGAGCAGGGUCCUCCCCCAUCUCAACCCGAGACGGUUGAGAAUUAGUAGUUUAAGUUCAACAAACGUUUAGAGAUGAUGUUGUAAUCUUGUUUUUGAAGUCCAUCAUGUAUAUACUUGUUGUUUGUUGAGGCGGGAUAGUUUAAGCACCACCGCUAUUUUUUUCACUUUAAACCAUUCUAGUGUUAUAAUAAUAAUAAUUGUCACCUUGUCAACUUUGGGGACGUUUAAAUUUAUAUGUAGUUGUUGUUGACAUCUGUAGUACAACAUUUUUGAUGUAGCUGAUUUGAAUCAUUGAAUAAAUAAUUUAUAGCUGCUAAAA